AUGUUGCUCAACGGUGGCAUGCCUGGCAUAGCUGUAGUGGGGAUCUCGGUAGAAUUGCCAAGUGGGACAUAUUCAAACAAUAAUUUUGAUCACAAUGCAUUUUACGAAUUCCUCCUCAACGGAGGAGAGGCGUACGAAUCAAUGCCAUCUGAUCGACUCAACGUCGAAUCAUGGACCGGUAACGGUUUGGGACAAAUCAAGGGUUGUCAUGGCUCGUUCCUCAAGGAUAUCAACAUGUUCGACAACGUCGAGUUUGGUGUCUCGUCCCGCGACGCUAGAGCAAUGGCACCCGCCACGAGAAAACUGAUUGAGAACUCCUUCCUCGCGCUCCGUGAUUCGGGAAUAGAUUAUAGAAUGAAGAAUAUUGGCUGCUUCACAUCAGGAACUAGUAUCGAUCUUGGGACUGUAACAGAUGUGGACGAAUAUGAGGCGAAAGGCUCUCUUGCAGGAUCACCUUCCAUGCUGGCCAAUCGGGUUUCGUAUCACCUCGAUCUUCUUGGCGCAUCCAUCUCGAUAGAUACGGCAUGCAGCUCCACUGCUACAGCUCUGCAUCUUGCGGUCCAGGCCGUGACAUGUAAUGAAUGCGAAGCUGCUAUAGUCGCCGGCUGCCAGCUCAACCACCGGUUCAUGGAAUGGUUUUCAUAUAGCCAAGCAUCGAUCCUCGCAAAGGACGGUAGAUGCAAGCCGUUCGACUCAGAAGCGGAUGGGUUCGUCCGAGCGGAAGGAUGCUGCGCAAUCGUCAUCAAGUCUCUCCACGAUGCACUGAGAGAUCAUGAUCGAAUAUAUGCUACAAUACUCGGGACAGCGAUCAACUCGACAGGAGCCAGUGCGCCACCAAACGCGCCGGUUGGAGACGCACAGCGUGAAGCUAUGAUACAGGCAUUUGCACGCGCGGGAAGGAAGCCACAAGAAGUUGACUACAUCGAGUUGCAUGCAACGGGCACUGCAAAGGGCGACCCUAUCGAAGCUAAUUGGGUUGGAGAGGAAUUUCAGCGCGAUGACGACCUACUCGUAGGUAGCGUGAAAGGAAACAUCGGUCAUACAGAAAUUGUAUCCCUUCUCGCGUCCAUGUCGAAAGUCAUUUCGACGUUACAGCAUGGAUUGAUACCGCCCAACAUUAAUAUUCGGACACUUAAUCCAUCAAUAGCCUGGGAUCGCCAUCGGCUGCAUGUCCCGCGCUCUCCGAUAUGUUUGCCUUGUCGUUCUGGACACAGGUCUUUGAUAGCUAUGGCUAGCUCUGGGAUAGGUGGCACCAAUGCCCACGUAGUGCUGGAAGGGCCACCGCCCUUGCACUCCAUGGGCAGCGCCGAGUCGCUGGAUGUCAUGACGCCUGUCCUACUCUUGGCCGGCGGCCUAUCGGCCCGGAGUGCUUCGUCAAAUGCGUCAGCGAUAGCGGACAUGGUGGCUGAUGGCAGGGCGGACUUGUCCGUGCUGUCGACUGUGCUCGGUCGCACGGCAAGACAAAUGACUUGGAGGUCAUAUGCAAUCGCCACCCCUGAUGCAGACAAUUCUCUCCAGUUUUCACUGCCCCAAUAUUCCCUACACGCUUCAAACUCUGAUCCGAUCGUCUUUGUUUUCUCUGGACAAGGCCCUCAACACUAUGACAUGGGAAAGCAUCUCUUCAAAGCGUUUCCCGCAUUCCGAGACAGCAUCCUCGAGAUGGAUGCAGUCUUCAGAAAUGUCACGACAACAUCAGUUAUUGAGGACUAUGGCCUGUUCGGCGGAAACCACCAUACAGACUUGGGAGAAACGUGGCCGAUAUCGGUGAUUCUCCCCUCGAUCGCAAUGUUCCAGAUAGCCUUGUUCGACCUCUUGAUCAGUCUGGGGGUCAAACCGAACAUUCUAAUUGGUCACUCUGCGGGCGAGACAGCCAUUCUUUACGCGUCCGGAGCCGCUUCAAAAGCAAUGGCCGUCGAAUUGGCCAUUUUACGAGGUGUGGCAUUCUCGUCAAUUGAGAGUGAGAGUGGAACGAUGGCAGCGUUGGCAUGUGGGCCCGAGGAUGCAAUAGCCCUUUUGGACGCCGUCCGUGCCGAAGGUAUCCCAGGCACUGUGGAGAUCGCGUGCUAUAACUCGCCUUCUGCAGUAGCUAUUGCAGGGCACGAUUCCGCCGUGGAUGCAGCUGUAACCUUUGCCCAGCGACGUGGCGUCUUUGCCCGUAAGAUCAGGACGCGUGUACCGAUCCAUUCCUCAAUCAUGGAGCUUUGUCGGAAACAAUACGUUGAAAGUCUGAACGAUUUGUUCUAUCGCUAUCCCGGCGCACAUGUACCCAUUAUUCCAACCUAUUCAACGCUUACGGGGAGGUACUUCGAGGGUCCGUACAAUGCUGAGUACUUCUGGCAAGCUACUCGCUUUCCUGUCCGCUUCACAAACGCUAUCCAAGCCAUAUGUGGCUCUGCGUCGUCGACGUUUGUCGAAAUUGCGCCACAUCCUGUUCUCGCGUCGUAUAUGUCAUCGAUGGUCGACAACGAGAGCGUCGUGCUAUCUUCGAUUCGCCGGCCCAAAUCUGGUGACAUUCUGUCCGAACAUCACAACCUCCUCGAGCUAUUCGGCAAGCUGACUGCUGCGGGGUACAAAUGUGUAGAUUUUACCCGCUUGAACCAGCGCGCAUGCUACGAAGCUGCGGUUUCCCUCCCCCCGUACCCGUUUGUGAAGAAAGAGUUUCCCUUAUACCCGGAUACGUUUGGCUACGAAAAGCAGAUGGCGCCGCAUAACGGACCGCUGAAUCACCCGUAUCUGAGGAUCAAUUGCGAUACCCACCCAAUGGUAGGCGAGCAUAUUAUUCGAGGAGAGCCGAUAAUGCCCGCGGCAGGGUUUGUGGAGAUGGCGUUGGAAUAUGGCGCUACGACACUGAUGAAUGUCAGCUUUCGAGCGAUGUUAUCUCUAUCAUCGGAGAUCCCGGUCAAACUCAGUAUUCACCGUGACGGCGCAUAUUGGUCCAUCAAAUCGGCGACGUCCUCGGGGAGCAGUGUGAACGGGAAAGAGCGAUUGCACGCAGAUGGCUAUCUGUCAUGUGAAGACCCCUUGCCCGGCGAAAAGUUGGACAUUGUGGCCAUCCGACGCAGGUGCCCGAAUUUUGUCGGUUCAUCGUUCUAUGAAGAAUUGUCGUAUUUUUCGUCGUAUGGGCCUUCACUCCAACGGGUGACGAACGCAUAUUACAGUUACGGAGAAGCGCUUGUCUCGAUUAGGGGAUUAGAUGAGACACUGAUAGAGCAAAAUUACAUCUUACAUCCAGCGAUAUUGGACGCCUGUAUCCACAUCACAGCGUACAAACCCUUCCAUGGCAACCACGAUCCUAACGGGUACUAUCUACCAGCUGAAAUCGGCGCUCUAUAUAUUCAUCUGCCACAUCAACCGUCGUACUUUCCAAAACAUAUCUACGAACAUGUUGUGGUGAGAGGCUGGACACCAACUUCGAUGAUCUACGAUAUGGUUCUUGCUGAUGACAGCGGGACGCGGUUGUGCACUCUGUUGGGUGUCAAAGUUGCCAGACACCGCAUGCAAGCUUUGCGCGAAGUUUCUCGCCCGCUGAUGGUUGUGCCUCAAGUUGUCGAUCGGCUACUUGUGCAAACACACACAGGCUCUGCAUUGCAGAUUCCCAGCGUUCUCAAGUCGUCCUCGAGCGUACAGACGAGAGAAUAUGUGGAGUCACAGCUUUAUGCGAAUGCGAGGGUGGGGUUUGGCCCCUUCACACCACAAAAAGCCGUCUCUCCGAUGAUCACACAGUCAGCGCUCGAAAUGAGCCAUUUUGGCAUUCAGUCCUGCCUGGAGGAUAUGGCGUCUGAUGGCCGGUCACGCGUGGUGAGAAUGUUACUGCUAACUAACCUGUCGCAUUUGCCCGCCGUUGUGGCUGAAGUCCUAAAUCAAUACCCAAGCCUGUUCGUUGAGAUGCACAUCGUUGGGAACAUUUCGCGCGAGGCCCUUCGACUUCAGUGCCACAACUGUACAGUUGUUUCCGCGUGGGGCUUAAACGAUUGGAUGGAGUCGCUCGAUGAGGACACCGAGCUCUUUGAUCUUGCCAUUGCAUCAUACCCUGUGGGAGCAGAACAGCCCAAACUAGAUGCAACCAUUAUUCGUUGUGUACGCCACCUUCGACCGCACGGUAUCCUCACGCUGACGGUAUUGGAUCAUGUCGCGUGUAUCCCGGGUUCUACGGAUUCUGGAGGUAACAAUGUUCACAUGCCCGUCGUCAUGGCUUUCACAGACAUUAUGAAACGCGUUGGGCUGGUGGUCCUUUUUGCUCAAUACGACGAUACAGAGCACUCCUCACUCGUGACUCUCAAGUGCAUCAAGGCAUUCAACCCUCAGCCGUAUCUCGUCUCGCAUAAUCGCAAGAUUUGUCACUAUAGACUCGGAGAUGAGGAUCACCUGCAGAGCGACCUCCGCGAGGUAGACCCUUCCUCUGAGUCUGAUGUCUGGAUCCUGGCCGAACAAGGCCAGCAUUCUGCCUCUGCCACAGGGCUGGCUCGCGCUCUACGCCGCGAAUACCCACUAUGGUCCAUCCAUUUGAUCGCCUUCCCGUCGUCGUUCACGACAGACAUGCAACAUGAGGCCCUGAUUCAAAUCCCCAGCCAUCUCAAAGAAGAGCCAGAGAUCAUGGUCUCUUCUGACGGCAUAUUGUCUGUUCCUCGCUUGCUCCCGUUGUCACACUGUGACAUCAAUGGCCCCUCGUCCGCACGUGCUCUAAUUGACAUCGUUCCCCAGGGCUGUGUGCUCGUGCAUGUACUGUCGGCGACCUCUGACGGCGGUGUCGUGGGAGUCGUUGGUUCAGUCAUUAAGGACAGCACAGGGACACUGGAGCAGGACUCUUGCCUAGUCGGCCUGACUGACUGUCUUCGUGGCCAGCGUGCUACACUGGAGGUCGAUGCAUUGCGUCCUGUAUCUUCACGCCUUGCUCAGUGCUCCGCUUCGCUUUCUGCCCUUCUACCCGGCCUUCUCACUGCUAUUCUGGCUCCUGGACUCAGUGCCUUCAGACAGUCCACACGUCUUCAAUCAUCAUCUAUCCUUCUUACGCAUUCUGAUGCGCUCGUUGGGUCGACCGUCAAGAGAUUCUACUUGUCAAAAGGGAUCAACUUCACCGAAGUCAUCUCCGAUAUCAGCUUGCGUGACCUUGCCCGGUUGGGCCACGGGCGGUUUGACCUCAUCAUCUCUGGAUACGAGGACAAAUGCUCUAUCCAACUGGCCGAAACAUUGCUGCAUCGGACGAGGGGAAGGCUAUUUGCUUGGCACGACGAGCGUACGGGCCUUCCUGAUUUCCUUCAUCGAGAUCCUCUGGCAAUUAGAGAUGCUCUUGAGCUGGCGAUGUCGUUCCUGGAAACCAACCCUGACUUCUUGUGUGCGGAAAUCCUCAACAAGGAACCCUUGAUUCCUCAUGUCGCUCAGGCUCCAGAGACGAUCCAGCGUCAUGUCGUCUUUCGCGCAGACAAAUCGUAUCUCAUCCUUGGUGGUAUAGGGAGUCUUGGCGCACGGAUUGCGCUCUUGAUGUAUCAGAGAGGCGCUCGUCAUGUCAUCGUCACAUCCCGUCGGGGAGAGGAUGGUCUCUCUAACAACGGAGACAUCCUCGCGAGGCGCAUAUUCGAACAUUUGCGAAGCAUUGAAGACUUCCAUCUUGAAGUGCAUGCAGUAGAUGCCACCUCUACGGUGGGAAUGCAAGCUCUCACACGAGGCCUCACCGCCCCAUUAGGCGGCUGCAUGAUCUUGACGGCUGUUCUUGCGGAUCGCGCAUUCCAGAACCUCACUAGGGAGGAUUACUCCGGCGUAUUCGCCGCGAAACUGAAUGUUCUCUCUGCUCUUCGAGACACGGUUGAUAUUGCGAGUAUGGACUUUUUGAUAGCGUUCUCGUCCGUAUCUGGGCUGUUUGGGGUUGGCGGUCAGACUAACUAUGGCGCUGCAAACAUGGCGUUGGAGCAGGCAAUUUCUCUGAUUCCGAACGCAUUCUCUUUCGUGUGCCCGGGAAUAUUAGAUUCAUCAAUGUUGCUUGUAGGUCAAGCUAAUGCACAAGCAACCAUCUUCAGCCAUUUCCUAGAGUGGUCUAUUUCUGCGGAAGAAAUGAUCAUAUGGCUUGAAGAUGCUCUAUUUCGAUUCCAGAGCGGGCAGAGGUUUGUUCAUUAUAUCCCAGAUCUAGAUUGGGAAUCAUUGGACAGGACCUUCGGCAUGCCGAAGCUAGGAAGACAUCUCGUCCCUAUGAAAGUCGCACAGAAAAUAUCUGUUGAAGACAACGUGGACAGGCUUGCCGACACGGUUAGAAUCGUCCUUAACGUUUCCAUUGCAGACAUUUCACCAAAUACCCCAUUGACUACCUACGGUAUCGAUUCCCUCUCUGCGGCCAGGCUAUCGUAUGCACUGCGGCCCAUUCUAGAUAUAUCGCAACUCCAGCUUCUGGCUGACGUAUCGUUGAACGAUCUCCGACAUAAAAUGGCGGCCUCUCAUCAUGAUACGUCGCUAAGCGUUGUUGGGGAGUCGUUCAAGGCACCCAGUAAAGACGACGAGAUGCGGGAGCUGCUUGAAAAAUAUAUAGUCACAGCACUCGAGGAACCGGUAUUGCAAGAGGUCGCUUCAGACCGCGUUGUCCUACUGACUGGAAGCACCGGUGGACUUGGAUCCCAUCUCUUGGCCGAGCUGCUUGGUCGAAACGACAUCAAGCGAAUCUAUGCGCUCAACAGGAAGACUCGAGGCGAAUUUGGAUUGCGCCACAGACAGCGCGAGAGUUUGGUCUUCCAAGGACUUUCCGUCGAUGUACUGGAAUCGCCCAAGUUAAUCCUGAUUGAGAGUGAUUUCGAUGCCGAAGACCUGGGGCUGGAUGAAGCGUCUAUGCUCAAUAUAUCUUCUACUGUUACUCAUAUAAUACAUAAUGCAUGGAAAUUGGACUUUUAUGCCCCGUUAACAGAAUUUGAAGGCUUGAUUAGAGGCACUCAGGCACUCAUCAAGAUGGCCCUGCGCUCCCCGCACUUCCAAAUCCUCUCUUUCAUCAGCACCAUCGGAGUUUGCCAAGAUUCAGCUGUCAAUCCAGCACCUGAAGCAGCCAUCUUGGAUGCAAAAGCCGCAGUACAAAAUGGCUACCUUGAAUCCAAAUGGAUAGCAGAAAGACUGGUACAACUUGCUGCACAGAUGACACGCCUCAAGACUAAUGUUAUUCGAGUGGGGUUGCUGACGGGCAGCGCCAGUGGCUCAUGGGACACCAGACACUGGUUCCCGGCUCUCGUCCAGUCAGCAACAUACGAUGUAUCGUGGCUGACGACUCCACUCGCUGCGGCUGCUAUAGUGGACAUGUGCAACGUUCCGAAUGAGACGUUGCACAUCAUUCAUCCCCGACCAGUGAAAUGGGCGACUAUCAUAGAGCCUUUGGCAUCGAGGCUCAAGGUGCCCCUUGUGCCUUACGACGAGUGGUUCGCACGACUGGAGAAUAUUGGUAUUUCCGGCUUAUCUGCCUCCAAGCCCUCGGGCGGUCGUGACCGCGAGGCUGAUGACAGAAUCGCGCUCAGGCUGCUGCAAUUCUUUCGCAAGGGAUGUGACCACGUGGGCUCUCAUACCUCGCACAUGGAGAGCAAGGGAUUUCUCCCUCCUGUACAGUCGCAGAAGGGUCGGACUGCGUCGCCAGCGCUCUCCGGUUCUGACGUUGUACAGCUGAGUUCACACGACGUGGAUAGAUGGGUGGGUACUUGGAAAAGCAUCGGAUUCCUCCCGCAAUAA